AUCGUAAACCAAAAACCCUUUCCUAUCCCUAAAACCCGAGAGAGUAUCUUCUUCUCUUCUUAGGGUAGAACAAGGACGAAAUCGAAGGAGAAGAAGAUCGAUUCGUGAUCAACGAUGAGCUCCUUUAAUGGAAACAGCAACAUCGACAACAUCCUAAUCCAAACCCUACUUGGACGUCUCCAAAUCCGUCCCCCUAACUCUCAUUUCCUCUCUCAAUCCCUAGAUGACCUCCUCUUCAAAUCCGACGACAGCGACGGCGAUGAUGACGGAGAAGGUCAGACAAGUCUCGACAGAGAAGAAGCUAGGCUUGAGAAAGAGCUAAUCCGAGUCAUCGUCUCUGGUCGAAGCGAUUCUCUUAAGCCGAAUUCAGGUCAAGCCGUGACAGUCAACGAACACCACAUCUGCGUUGGGUUUCACGAGGAUGAGGAAUCGGAUUAUCGUGUUUGGGAGUGGCAUGGUCAUAUCAUGUUGUUCGAUGAAGAGAAUGGGUACACGCCUGAGUAUAUCUACGGGAAUUACUUCGAGAGGUUGCCUGUGAAGCUUCCUAACCGCCGUGUAGAGAAGGAGAAGAAGGAGGUGAAAGAGGAGGAGGUGGAGAAUUUGGGGCUUAGAGAGUUGAUCGAUGGUGGAGACGCUGCUCGUGGUAGGAUUCUUCAUAGGAACAACAUCAAUAUCGGUUCCUCAAGGGUCUAAGUUCCUAAGAGCGUCUUGGCAGGGAGAGGUCACAUUGUUCGGGAAGAUUUCAGAUGUGUGAACAACUCGCGACAAGAAAACAUAAGGUGCUGGUGGAUCUACGGGUUCUAUUCCGUUCUAUUUAAACCGGGAAAUCCAUGGGUGAAUCUGUUUUCUUUAAGAAAUUCAUCUGAAGUUG